GACGAAGGCAGGGAAGUAUUGCUUCAUCAGAUCGUCUCGUUACUGUCAUUUGUUUAUUAUCACCUUACGCUUACGACGUUUCGAUCAAGAGCAUCAUGAAGGCCACUUUCAUCAUCUUCGCUGCUCUCUGGGCAAUGGUGGUUGCUGCCCCAAGCCCCAAGUCAAGGAAGAGCAAAGGCCGUAAGGGCGGAUCGUCAAGUGGCACAACUUACUACUGUAAUCGGGGAUGGGGAGGCAAUGGUGGCUGCGAAGCAUUGGGUAAAUUCACAUUUUGCUGCAGUACAGCCGAAGGCGGGCAAUUCGUUCAUGAGAAAGGCGAUGCAUACAACGCUGGGCUGGGAGGAUGUGCGGAUGGCGGCGUGAUCAUGUGUGCGUCGUAGAGAAACACCCAAGUCUCAAUUGGAAUGGUCUGCUCUAAACGUGCUAGCCUGUCCACGGAACAUGAAAAGCGUCUCAAAACGGAAGGAAACCAAUUUCAAUUGAGGAGUUACUAUCAGCAAGCAUUGUUCCAGUCUUUAAUGUAACACAGGCAUACUUUUAGCAAUGGCGUAUUGGAUCGGAUUAGCACAUAAUUCA